AAUCGGAACAGGAAGUUUGUUGCGCUAGCGAAUAGCUCGGCGGUAGCUAACUUUUAACGUCAUUUUGCUUAAUAUGAAUAUUGAACGCUGUGAUGUGUCAAUAUUUUAAAUCAGGCGGUGGUAAAAAUGGAAGUCAAGUUGACAUUGAGGACACGAGCUUUUGAAAUAAACAUCUGUACGACCAGUGAUCCAUUUGAUGAGUCAUCUGCAACCACCAGCAGGAUGCAGCAGAAAAGGACCAUCCAGAUCAUUGAGUGGGAGGACCUGGACAAAAAGAAGUUCUACUUGUUCGGUGUGUUUAUGACUAUGACCAUCCGGGCCACCAUCUAUCCAGCCAAUCUCAUCCGCACUCGGCUGCAAGUUCAGAAAGGAAAAACACUCUACAAAGGCACCUUUGAUGCUUUCUUCAAAAUCCUGCGAGUAGAGGGGGUGCAAGGCCUGUAUCGCGGCUUUAUGGUCAACACCUUCACACUUAUCUCAGGCCAGGCUUACAUCACCACCUAUGAGGUGGUGAGGAAAUAUGUUUCCCACUAUUCCCAUGACAAUACGGUCAAGUCGCUGGUGGCCGGCGGCUCGGCCUCUCUGGUUGCUCAGAGUAUUACUGUGCCUAUAGAUGUUGUCUCACAACAGCUGAUGAUGCAAGGCCAAGGCGAGCAUCUCGCCCGCUUUCGGCUACAUUCUAAAACGGAUAAGGGAAAGCCCAAAAGAGUCUUUGGCCAAACCAGGAACAUGAUGGCUCAGAUUUUUGAAGCAGAUGGUUUCCGAGGAUUCUACAGGGGAUAUGUGGCAUCUUUACUCACGUAUAUCCCAAACAGUGCUGUCUGGUGGCCUUUCUAUCACUUCUACGCUGAGCAGCUCUCAAAACUGGCUCCCAGUGACUGCCCUCAUCUGGUUCUGCAAGCUGUGGCUGGACCGCUGGCUGCUGCUACUGCUGCAACUGUCACCAACCCAAUGGAUGUCGUGAGAGCCCGAGUACAGAGGGUAGUCUACCCAACCAAAGUAUAUUCAGAAAAGUAGCCCAUGAUAAGUAUUCACCACCUUGUGCUUUUGCAUGCUUUUAGUGCUUUAGGACAUAAAGAAUGGCUUCAUUAUGUAAACAUGGUUCAGGUUAUGCAGUUGAAUCUCAAAGGGAAAACAAAUCUUGACGCCAAUACUUUUGCAGGUGAAGGAAGUCAAAGGCCUUUAGGGUCCUAAAGGUGAAAUUUGGGCAAGUCCUUGGCCCUCUUCAGUCACUGGGGUCCUCAACACUUGGGUGCUUAAUGCGCUGGAUCAUGCAUAAAGAAACGCGCCACAUGGCCAAAAUGUCAACACUGACACUCCUUCACAA